UCUUUCAGCUCACGGAGAGCGGUUUCAGGGAUCUCGAAUCAAAUCUUUUUUUUUUCCGGAGACGUUUUGUUUUCUUACUCUAUUACAACGUUUUCAUUUCGGAUAUGAAGCCCGGUACGACUAACACCUCAGCAAAUAAACCGUAAAUUCAUCACUGACUACUACAACAGCGUUUGGAGAAGAAGAGAGAAAGAAAGAAGAGGAGACUGUACAGCGCAGAAAAAAAUCCCUUGUUUGAACUCUCUCAUUAGUUCUAACAGAUACGCUGAGCUGCACAGAAGGCUUCGAAAUGUGUGACUUAAUGCCAGCUUCGCAGCCUGUCGAGAAAAUUGGCAAAAUGAAGAAGUUGCGAAGAACUUUGUCAGAGAGUUUCAGUCGGAUUGCCUUGAAGAAAGAGGACAGUGGCUUUGAUGAGAUAUGUGUCACAAAGAUGUCCACUCGCAGCUGCCAGGGUCCGGACUCGGUGAUCAAGCCGCUGGACACCAUCCCUGAGGACCGCAAGGUGCGCGUGCAGCGGACGCAGAGCGGUUUCGAGCCUUUCGAGAAGCCGGCCAGCCAGGUGAAGCGCGUCCACUCGGAGAACAAUGCCUGCAUCAACGCCAAGAGCUCCUCGGCCGGCAAGGAGUCGCCCAAGCUGCGCCGCCACUCCAGCCCCAGCUCGCCCACCAGCCCCAAGUUUGGAAAGGCCGACUCCUACGAGAAGCUGGAGAAACUGGGGGAAGGAUCCUAUGCCACUGUGUACAAGGGAAAGAGCAAGGUGAACGGGAAGCUAGUGGCGCUGAAAGUCAUCCGUCUGCAGGAGGAGGAGGGCACUCCGUUCACCGCCAUCAGAGAAGCAUCUCUUCUGAAGGGCCUGAAGCACUCCAACAUCGUGCUGCUCCACGACAUCAUCCACACCAAGGAAACUCUGACGCUGGUGUUUGAGUAUGUGCAUACAGAUCUGUGUCAGUACAUGGAUAAGCACCCAGGUGGUCUUCACCCCGACAACGUGAGGCUGUUCCUGUUCCAGCUGCUGCGGGGGCUGUCCUACAUCCACCAGCGCUACAUCCUGCACCGCGACCUCAAGCCCCAGAACCUGCUCAUCAGCGACACGGGCGAGCUCAAGCUGGCCGACUUCGGUCUGGCGCGGGCGAAGUCUGUCCCCAGCCACACGUACUCUAACGAGGUGGUCACCCUGUGGUAUCGACCCCCAGACGUCCUGCUGGGCUCCACAGACUACUCCACCUGCCUGGACAUGUGGGGCGUCGGGUGCAUCUUUGUGGAGAUGAUCCAGGGUGUGGCGGCGUUCCCGGGAAUGAAGGACAUCCAGGAUCAGCUGGAGAGGAUAUUCCUGAUCCUGGGCACUCCCUCGGAAGACUCCUGGUCAGGCGUGCACUCCCUCCCUCACUUCAAGCCAGAUCGCUUCACGGUCUACAGUCCCAAGAAACUCAGACAAGCCUGGAACAAGCUGGGCUACGUAGACCACGCUGAAGAGCUGGCCUCCAGGUUCCUCCAGUGCUCUCCAAAGCAGCGGAUCUCAGCGCAGGCUGCCCUCCACCACGAGUACUUCAGCCAGCUGCCCCCACGGCUCUGGGAACUGACCGACAUGUGUUCCAUCUGCACCGUGGCAACGGUGAAGCUGCAGCUGGAGGCGGGCGACAGCAUCCAGGUGUGCGCGAGGACCUCCAGCCAGAGCAAAGCCUCCUCGGGCGCCAAGCACUGACCGCCCGCCCGCCUCAACCACCCCUCCCCACCCCCGCCCCACGGAGGUGGAGCCUGAGAACAGACUGAAGGAGAGGAAAGGAGGGUCAGCCAGAAGAGGAGACCAAAAUGACCUCUCACCUAUCUCUUAAGUUAUUUUGUCCAAACGCGUUACCUUUCUAACAGGUGUACGAAGUGUGUAUGUGUGUGUGUGUGUAAGAGAGAGAGAGAGAGAGAACGAGAGAAUGUGUGUCUGAGUAUUUGCAGAAAUGAGUGCAUGAGAGUUCUUUACACAAGUGUGUUUUUCGUCAAUAACUUUUUAUUUCUUUGUUUACUUUGGAAUGUUAUAAAUAUAUAUUCACAUUUUGCUGAAGUGUAAAGGGCAGCAUUAAAAAAAAAACGUUAAAAAACACACACACGUUACCAUCCAGAGGAUUUGGACGCAUACUGCUUGUGUAUGUAUCUACCUAUGUACGAAUGUUUGUUAGUAUGUAUGAUAGACCUGUACAGAUCCACAACAAUAAUGUCUUGGCUCUCACACUUAGAGCUCACCUGUAGUACUCUUGUUUUGUGCAGACGUUGAGAAAGAGGGAGGAAGCAUGCCAUUACACUCGAACCAAUGACCACGAAAAGACACGACCACGACAAUAAUACCAAUAUGCUAAUACUUGCAGAACAGCACUGAUGGACAGAACAGUAAUACUGGUUGUAAAUGGCCGUCCUUUGCGGUUCAUCUCUGCUGUGCUAGAUGCAGAUAGCCUUACUGCAGGAUCAGUCUAUAUGCAACGGGCACCGCCAGAGAUACACUGCAAGGACAUAAUAUACAUGUAAGCUUGCAUGUGCUAAAAGACUGUGCUAGUCUGUGUGUCUGUGUGUGUGUGUGUGUGUGUGUGUGUGUGUGUGAGAGAGAGAGAGAGAUAGAGAGUGCCUCUGUCUCUGUGCAGAAUGUGUAUUUGUGUCUUAACACAUGCAAUACACUCACAACGGUGCUAAUGUGUGUGUGUGUGUGUGUGUGUGUGUGUGUGUGUUUAAAGUGGGGAGCAAUCAGAAAGGUGAAGAUGCCUGAUACCCAAGUGUAAAAUUGACUCUGACACGUGUCCAGCAUUUGAUGCGUAGCUCUUUUAGGCCUUUGACAAUCCACGCCCAUAAUUUGCACACAGUUGUUAUAGUAACCACUGUUUUUGAAAAAAUAAUUUACCCAUCAUCUUAACAAUGAUAUUAAUGCUUUAAUCUCCCAUUGGCUGCCCAUAAAGAUUUUGCUGGCUUGAUAGACUGACAGAAUGAACCGCAAUCUGCAUUAAAUCGUAGUCAGACGUGAACUCAGCGACACUACAGUACGUCGCAAAAGAAGACGACGACUCGUAGCGUCGACUCGCUGAAGUUGUGAUCUAGGACCACAUCAACAGCGACAACUUAAAGGGCACUGUCCACCAGUCUCUCCUCUAAUGCCCACUCCUAGCUUACUUCUGCCCGCCCCCUUUACCUUUGUCCAGUCAUGCCCUGUCCUCUCCAAGCUCCACCGUCAGGAGCCAGUUUGGAUUGGUUUAGAAAUGUUAACAUUUUCAAAACAUUGUUAAGAUAACAACACUGCAAUCAUUCCUACACACCCAUUAGUUCCACCUUUACCUAUGGCUAUCUCCAGAUGCAUACUGUAUAUUUGGCGAAUCGGAGGUGUAUGCACAGUGCCGUGUGGAUUGAACUGGCAGUAGUGAGGAGAUAGAUUGACCUCGCCAGAGGAGAGUGGAGAAGGUUCAGCCACCUCUCUUUGUUCAGACCAUGUUAACUCUAGUGCCCGGCAACACAAUACUGCUGGAUUGGGCGGAUGUGAGAAUGGAAAUAAUGUCAGUUUUAAUUGUUAAAACACAACGUGUUCUUUCUGUUUGGGUCAUUUGUAUUUUAGCUGAACCAUGAAAAUGUUCUUCUGGGAAUUUCAAUAAUAGCCUAACCAGUGUGUUAGCAACAAAAGCCGAUCACAAACCAAUAACUGAGAACUCUGCACUGUACUCUGUAACCCCUGAGGAACUCAUUUAAUAUGUAACAUCACCAUGGGUCUUUCUACGUCUCGAUUUCAACAAUAUUGAGUUCGACAAUAAUGAGUUUGGAGUGCCUUUGACAUCCAUGUGUCGAUCAAUGGCUCCACUUUGCAUUGUGGCCACAUUACCACAUUGCAUUAAUGUUUGCGACCUGAAGGUCCUGUCUUCCAUUACCCCUUAUUGAAUAGGACUUAGUAUCAUAACGAUAUUGUCACUUUCUUUUACUGACAAAGUGAUGAUUUGCCCCCCCCCCCUGCACUCCCAGUUCAACUACCUAAAUUCACCUAAUGGGCCUGUUUCACCUGCAGCACACAACUAAAAGAGAGGAGAGGACAGGAAGCUGGAAAACACUGCAUUACUAACACACCAACAACAACACGUGAAACACAACACAAUCAAUGAACACAACACCAACAAACAAGCCACCGUCUUUUAGUGGAGAAAUUCAAUCAGAAGUGGCUUAUUCAGUGUCACCCCUCACCUGCAGGCAGACGUGUUAUAAGACAGGUGACACCACUUUUCUCCUACCCACCUCUCUCUCUCACACACACACACACACACACACACACACACACACACACACACACACACGCUUUAGAUGUAGACACAGCAGCAGCUGAAUUAUUUUCGGUAUGCUCACUUCCCGCAUGCUGGCUGAAGCCGCAUCAUUAGCUACAGUAGGCAUCCUCCAUGCAACGCCCCAGCAGACGCAGCUGCCCCGACAGCUUGUGACAACAUUGCAGCAACAUUCGUUUGUUAUUGUCUGUGUCUCAGGCCUGGGCGAGGAGACCCUGAAAAGCAAGCACUAUAUUGUCCUUUUUGAACUUGAAUAUUCUCACAAUACCCUUUUUCCCCCCUUAAGAAGGCGGCGAACAAUGGCAUAGGUUUAUGAAGACAACUAAGCAGGAAGUAAGAGGGGGAAACUAGUAAUAACAAAGUGGAAGAUUUGCACAUUUAGCACUGUGAUGGUUCAGACCAUAAGAACAAUAACAAACAUCCAUGAUUUCAGUGUCAUUGAAGUGUAAAUCAUUUAUUUGGCUGUGGCUGGAAAUCAGCAUCUAGAUGUUACGUGUAAAAUUGUGUAUAUACAGUAACAGUUUUAGAGGACUAGACCAGAGUUCCUCGGUUUGCAAUAUUGGCCAUGCUAUAUAGAACGUACCGUCUGUUCCACCUGUUCUCUACUCUGAGACUCUGAUUCAUCUGUGAAUAUUUAAUCUUUUUGUAACCUUUGUUAUCAAUAGUCUGUAGGCUGUACAUAAAAAAGGACGCAAAGAUUCCUGUGUUAAACAAAUGAUGAUGAGAAUAAAGAAAAAUAAAGGGUCAAAUAAAAAUAAAGAACUGUUGAAGUGAUGCUGAGGAAAACUUGUCUGCAUUCAAAGUCAUGAAUGUCUUUACCACCUCCAUCCCGUACAGAAUCGGACUAGGAUUCAAACUGUGUGUAAAUGUGUAUUGGUUAAGGAAAAUCAAAGAAAGACUAACUUGCAUCCCCGCUCUGCUCAACACUGAAGGUGUUAUUUUGGGAAAUAGCUUCACUUGCAUAUAAAUAUAUAUAGGGACAUAUAUUUUACUUUUUGUAUAAUGCACUGAAAUAACAAGCGGUCAGGAACACAGAAGUGUUACCGGUCACUUUAUAUCUGAAAACAAACUUAGUUAUAUAGUAGAAUAGUUAUUGCAUUAUUUGGUACAACUUGUAUGUAAUGUUAUUAUGGAAGAUGUAAUGUCCUUCUGUAAAUGUUGUUUGUUGUUUUAUCCUAAUAAAGUUUAUUAAUGCUU